AUUCAUUGACUGGAAAAAACAGCGUUGCGUCGUGUCGGGUGUAAAUAAUAUCAUUUAUAUUUAUUUGAGUCUCAAACCAUAUAUGCUUUUGGUCUUGUGUAAACUCGACCUCAAGGUUAUUAUUUGAAAAGUGGACCAGUCCUCCAAAGACGUAUACAAAAACUUUAAUCAUCGUGGCUAACCCAGCUCCAAGAUCUUCCUGUAAAUACAUAUUUCUGAUACAAUCGUUGUUCGAUUCAUCAUUCCAUACAAAAUAAGUAUUAGAAUAAAAAAUCAAUGAAACACACAAUUGCCUAUUUUCGAAAGUUGAAAAACCCAGUCUUAGGUUAAUAACUGCUAAAACAUUGACUAAAAUAGGUAUUAUCUUUAUCAGAUAUAAAUUCCACAAUGCAUUGAGAAAAUCGGGUGUUUCCAAAGUUGUGAGCUAUUGUGUUUGCAUGUAAAAGACCCAGAUUCUGACUUGCUUCGUGACAACCAGUAUGCAAAAUACAUAAUAGUGUAAACAAAUGAAUCACGUGAUUCAUCUAUAAAAGAGACAGCGCGAAAUAAAAAGUACAUUUAGAUCAGCGAGAUUACGGGACCCAAUUCGAAUUAUGAAGAUCUUCAUCGUAUUUGCGUUGAUAGCCAUUGUGCAUGGUUGUCAGAAAAGUGGUGGUAAAGGAGACGCAGGACACAAGGGGGAUGGUGACAAGAAAGACAGUUAUGAAGACAAGAAAGACAGUUAUGAAGACAAGGGCGAUGGAUAUGGAGACAAGGACGGUAUGGAUGGCAAGGAUGGAAUGGAUGACAUGGGUAUGAAAGACAUCGACUGGGACAAUGAAGAAGCUGUUAAGAAGAUGAUUGCUGGUAUGCCUCCAAAGGGAAUGCCAAUGAAGUUAUGGAUGUACCACAAGCGCAAGAUUAUGGAAUGGGAUUCCGACAAUCUCAUGAAGAAAAAAGGCAAAACUCCCCGAGAAGUGUUUGAGAAGAAAAUGUACAUGAAGAAAAACACUAUUCUGUUUGGUCUGACUGAGAAUCCAUACAGUUUUAUGAAGAGGGACUUUAAUAAAAAGGCAGGUGUAUCAGGUUUCAUCCCUUCGCUCCUCCACAAGACAUGCAAUUAUUGCGGACUCAAAUGCGCAGGCGUGUACGUCAAAGAUAGUAAAAAAUGCUUUGAUGAAACAGACCUUUCUAGCGAAGGGUUGAACAACAAGCAGUUCCACGCAUGUCCCGGGGUACCACACACCAUGCAAACCGCAGCUGCCUUUAAUGUCUCGAUACCCAUGUUAAAGACCUCUAAAUCGCAGUUCUACAUUAGACCAACCACUACCGACAUAACUAGCAUGGCUGACUUGAAUGGGAAAAAGAUCGGUGUUAUGGGAAAGGGAUAUAUGAAUGAGGAUUGUCUCCGUCGCAUGAUGGCUAAAGCUUUGGCUGCUGAUGUCGAAAUAACUGCAGAAAUAAUCGCCGCUGACACGAAAGAGGAAGUAGUUAAGCUUCUUACUGAUAGAAAUGUGGAAGUCGUGCUUGGACCAGAGAUUUCCGACGCUCUUCCCGCAGAUUUGAAAACGUCUCUCGAAGGCCUGAGGCGUAUGGGCGAACCCUUCCAAUGCGCGCAUGGUAGAGGUCUUCUUCACCGAAAAGACGUCGAUUUCUCCGUCUUUACAAUGUGUUAUUACUACGCUGUCAUCAAGAACGGUCUCUACGACGAGAUGGCCGAAAAAUAUGGCAUUCCCGAAAUGGCUCGCGUCAAUUACAAGAAGUAUAUGGAAAGUGGAGGAAUGGAAAUGUAAUAUCGAAGCAUAAGGGAACACCUUAUCUAACAUAAGGGAACACUUAACGACUCUAGUAGACUGAACACUUGGAAAUUCAUAAUGUAUCGUAUUGUAUUUCAUUUUGUAAUAUAGACGAUAUCUCGUAUGAAGGUAGAAAACCAAUUUGUGAGAGUAUUAUCCUACUCACCAGUGUUUUCACAAUUAAAACUACAUACCUUGGAAAUCCAAGAUGUUUUAAGUUGCAACAAUUGGACACUCUUUGAAUAAUCUUAGCUUAUAUGGUAUCUAUCUUUACAUCUCACAUAUUCUUAUUAAUAGUCAUUCAUCAUAAAAAUAAUUUCCGUCGAUUGUUCAAGCCAUC